GUGAUCGAUUGAACAUGGCCGCGACCGCGAUGCUCAAAUUUAGCCAGCUGUUUAAAUCUGUGAAAUGUGCCGUGAUUGGGAUGAUACAUGUUAAAGCUUUACCAGGGACGCCCUUCAAUGAUCUGAAUUGCUCGAAGCUGGUGGAAGCCGCAUGCCAAGAAGCCGCGGUGUACGCACAAAGUGGUUUAGAUGGAGUUCUGGUAGAAAAUAUGUAUGAUCUGCCUUACGUCACUGCCAAGCACGCUGGGCCCGAGCAAGUUGCCUUCAUGACUCGUGUGUGCAGCGAAGUGAAGAAAAUGCUUCCAAUGCUGCCCUGCGGCGUGCAGCUCCUUGCGGCAAACAACGUAGCAGCCGUGGCGGUGGCAGCUGCGGCUGGUCUACAGUUUGUACGGGCUGAAGGCUUUGUAUUCAGCCAUGUGGCAGACGAAGGCAUCAUGGAUUCCUGUGCAGGCCAGCUGUUGAGAUACAGACGCAACAUAGGUGCUGAAGACGUGCUGGUGUUUGCAGACAUCAAAAAGAAGCACUGUGCUCAUGCUAUAACAGCAGAUGUCGGCAUAGCAGAAACAGCGAAAGCAGCAGAAUUUUUUCAAUGCGACGGUGUCAUACUUACUGGCACUGCCACAGGCCAACCACCAAGCUUCCCGGACCUCAAAGAAGUGAAGUCUCAAGUUGAAGGCCCAGUAUUGCUUGGAUCUGGAAUCGACGUUGGGAACAUAGAAGCUUUCUUCUCUGCCGACGCAGUGAUUGUUGGAUCAUCGUUCAAACAAAAUGGACAUUGGCGUGGAACUCUAGAUCCAGCCAGAGUGAAUGCAUUUAUGAAAAGCAUCUACAGGCUUCGCCAGAAAAGUUCUAGUAUAAGCCAAAACUGAGACGUGACAGCGAGUAAUUAAAAUGAAUUUUAUUUUGAA